GGCGCUCUGGCCGCUCCUGCGCCGCUCUCGAUGGUGGCGCAGGCGCGGUGGGCGCCCGGCGGGGAUGUCCCGCAAACAGGCGGCCAAGGCCCGGGCUGCUGCUGGAGCCAGGAAGGUUCGGCGGCCCCAGCAGCCUCCUCCCGCCGGGCCGGCUCCGGGCCCUGGCGCGGGCGCGGGGGGCCUAGCCGGGCAGCUCCGGGCCCUCGGCCUCAAGCUGCGGGAGGUGCCGGGCGAUGGCAAUUGUUUGUUUCGGGCCUUGGGAGACCAGCUUGAAGGGCACUCACGAAACCACCUCAGACAUCGCCAGGAAACGGUGGAUUACAUGGUAAAGCAGCGUGAGGAUUUCGAGCCUUUUGUGGAGGAUGAUGUGCCCUUUGAGAAACACGUUACCAAUCUGGCGAAGCCUGGUACCUUUGCUGGCAACGAUGCUAUUGUGGCUUUUGCAAGGAACAAUCAAAUGAACGUGGUUAUUCAUCAACUUAAUGCUCCGCUGUGGCAGAUUCGGGGCACAGACAAAAACAACGUGAGGGAACUUCAUAUUGCGUAUCGUUACGGAGAGCACUACGACAGUGUGAGGAGAAUCAAUGACGAUUCUGAAACUCCAGCAUAUCUUCAGAUGGAGAUGCUUUUCAAAAAUGAUUCCAAUAAGGAGAAGGAAGUGCAGCCACAGAAGGGUGACUCUGAAGAUGAGAUUGAAGCUGAAAUGGAAGAUGCUGUACAAAAAGUGUGUAAUGCAACUGGAUGUUCAGACAUUGAUUUAGUAAGCCAGAUUCUGGAAGUGGAAGACUGCAAUACAGAAUCUGCACUAUUUGCCAUCUUUCAAGUGAAUGAAGUGGAAAGAAUCAGUACUGAGGAGCAGCAUGAUCCCCGGAGCAAAGAUGAGAAAUUGUGUAGCAGAACUCUGCGGGAAGAAAACGGAAGUGAUUCAAGAAUCUUUGGAAAUCGAAGCUUGCAUCAAGGUGAAAUAAGAAACAACAAAGAACAGGCUGGAUCUGAUGAAGAGAAUCGAGCUAGCAGAAACCCAAAGGUAUCUAAAAAACAGAAGAAGGAACAGCAGCGGCUAGAGAAGAAGAAGCGACAGGAAGAGAGGCACCGACAAAAGGUCUUGGCCAACAAGAGUAACUGUGCAGAUAGCAGCAGGGGAGAGACAGACUCAACCAACCACGUCACCUUGGUGAAGACCAUGGCAGCUCUAAACAUAUGACUGAAUGUGUUCGGAGUGCUCUGGUGAGAAAAGCAAAUAAAACUGAAGACAGAACUCCCCUCAAGCAGACUUCGAAGCACCUAUUGUUAUCUUAAAAUCCGUUUCUGCAGAGAUCUCUAAGCACACGUGAAUUUCCCGUUUCUUCAGUUGCAGAGCAAAUGGUUAUUCAGUAAUUCUGCGUCAACUUGUGUGUGAGAAGAGUUGUUUGAACUUAACAAAAAGUAAAGACUUGUUUUUAUAAUUUUGGAGUUAGAUGAAGGUGAGAACCUUUUCUUCACACAGCAGUGUCAGAUUUGAUUUGAGAUCUCUUGAUGUGCUUAUAUUAUUUUUAUUUUCAUAGCAACUUUUUACUUGGUUAUGCUUGGAGGAGCCUUAUUUUACCUUGCUGUCGGGGAAAGCUUAAUAGUUCUCAACUCAGGAACGUGGAGCUUUUUUUUCUAUUUAAAUUUAAAUAAAGUAAGGGAACAGAAUCCCAGAAUCCUUUCCAAA